AAGCAAUACAUCUAUCUGAGUACCCCUGACUCAUAACGAUGCCUGAUCCAGUGAAAGCGCCCAAGAAGGGUUCCAAGAAAGCCGUGUCUAAGGCCACCAAGACUGGCAAGAAGAGGAGAAAGACCAGGAAGGAGAGCUACGCCAUCUAUGUCUACAAGGUCCUGAAGCAGGUCCAUCCUGAUACUGGUAUUUCCUCUAAGGCUAUGGGUAUCAUGAACUCCUUCGUGAGUGACAUCUUUGAGCGCAUUGCCGGUGAGGCCUCUCGUCUGGCUCACUACAACAAGCGUUCCACCAUCACCUCCAGGGAGAUUCAGACCGCCGUCCGUCUCCUCCUGCCCGGUGAGCUGGCCAAGCACGCCGUGUCCGAAGGCACAAAGGCUGUGACCAAGUAUACCAGCUCCAAGUAGACUGCUUUACUGUAAACCAACCCAACGGCUCUUUUAAGAGCCACCCACUUCAACUAAAGUAUUAUUUUUACUUGUGGCGUCACGCACAUGUUGAAUGUUGCAAACUAUAUGCAUAGUUUCAUAUUGGACUGUAAAUUCAGAAACCGCAGGAAUGAGUUUCAUUUGGGUUUAUAUGAUUAAUAUGUGCACACUAUAUUAUAUUUAAUUAGUUUUUUACUAGAGGAGGUAAGCACUAGUAGAAAGUUUGACAUAUAUUGGAUCAUCAUUGAUAAAGCAUCAUUUUUCAUGUUUUCUAUUGUUCAUGUGUAAUAAUUUGUAUUCAUCAUUAAUAUACAUCGUAAAUGAUUACUAGCGAUCCAUCCUUAAAGAACACCAAUAUUUUGCCAAUUGUUUCUGCUUAGUACUAUUUUGAUUCAGAAUUCUAAAUAAUAGAAAUUAUAAAAUAAAAUGACUUGAGCCAUGAUUAUGUGUCAAUCUGAGCCCCCCCACCAGGGGUUACUUGUUAUAUGACCGGGUUAACUGUUCCAAAUGUGAGGGCCUCUGUAUCUGAUGGAAAACUGAGAGAAGGUUGUCUCAAAUAAAGCUGGAUGGAGUUUGUUUGCAGACCUUGUUUGGUAAAGAUGGAUCUGUGAGUUAAACUGAAAUAAAUUCUGAAAGCUUG